AUGAAUCCAAUACAAUAACUUUACCUCUAAGCAAUAAUUAAGCAUUAGGAAUAAGAAAAGGUGAAGUAAGAAGAAUAAGUUUAAAAAUAAAAUAAUGAAGUAUACUGUUAUAAUAAAUUAUUUAGAUUUAGAAAUAGCAACAGCUGCUAUCAUUGAUGUCAUCAUUCUAAGCAAAUAAUAUAAUGGAAAAGUAAUGAUAUAUAUUAAUUAUUUAGAAAAGCUUGGUCUCUAAUUGACAUUCAAAAUAGAGUUACCUAAUACUUUUAAUAAUAAGUGUUGAAAAAAUAAGUUGUAACAAUAAAAAAUUGCAUUGAUUAUCACUUACCUUAUUUUUUGAAUGUUUUAGGCAAUUUGAUCAUUCAUGGAUUGGAUUAGAUCUAAGGAGAAACUGAACAGAUAUUAUUACUUAAGACAUAAUUUAUUGCUUAACCGAUCAAAAUUACAAUGAGUAGUUCUUUGUUUUAAACACUUUCUCUAUUAUUAAGAUCUUAACUUGUAUUAUAUGAUAAAGGUAAUAUAAAUUUGAUAUCAUUUUUUUAGGUACAUAAUACCUUUCCAAAUUUUUAUUAUUCAGAGAUGACUUUUGUGAUAUUUUCUUUAAUACUCUUUAUUAAUAUUAGAUAUCAUCCAAUUAAUAAGUGAGUCAAUAAUUGAGUUUUGCUUAACUUAAUUCUAUGAUUAAAAAAUUACCUGAAGAUAUUUGGGGAACCUUUAUUUUUAAAAUGUUAAGCCAAUAACAAUAAAAAUUAAAUAAAGAUUAAUAUUUAGUAUAAUUCAAUCAAUACACAGUCUAUAUGAAUAAUUUCUUUAAAAAAUCUAAUUUGAUAUUUGAUGUUGUAGAAAACUCUGUAAAAUAAACUGCUUAAAUGCAUAAUGAUUCUAUUUUCUAAGAAGUAAUACUUUUUUUAAAUAUUUAUGUAGUAUCUUUUGAUAAUGGGUAGUUUUAAGGCAACUACAUAAGAUUUCUUAAAAAAAGCUAUUAGUGUAUAUUUUGAUGAAUAAAAUGAGGAAAUAGAUUUAAAUGAAUUCAAUAUUAGAACUUAAAAAAUUCAUAAAUAAAUGAAUUGUUCAAUUUUAUAUAUUCUACCAAUGUUAUUAUAAAUAGAAAGUCAUAUGAUUGAUAUGAUACAAUAGGAUAGAUAUAAUGAAAAUGUUUAAGUUAAGAACAGUUCUAAUUACUAUUUAAAAAUGAUAGAGAAAUUGAAAAACAAAUGUGUGUAUAAUGGAGAAGAUGAAUGCAAUUGCAAAAAGUGUCAAUGUAUCAGAAGAAAUCGUAAUUCUGCUAAGGAAUCUUAAAGGAAGAAAAGAGAAGCUCUUGAAAAGAUAGGUCCAUUAAAGGAUGCAUACGAAGAAUUGUAGAAGAAAGUAUAGAAGAUAUUUUAAAAUUUAGGUUAAAAUAAUUGAGAAUGAAAAUGAAACUCUUAGAUAAUUAUUAACUGAUGUAUUUAAACAUCCUACUGUUUCAUAAUUAUCACCCGAGUUUAUUGAACCAUUGACCAAGGUUAUUUAAGAUACAGAUCCUGUACAACAUUCAAGUUCUUAUGAAUGUUGAUUAAAUAACUUGUCAACAUUAAGUAACA